CACGUGGUGACCACAAUCAAUUUCAAUUUUCCGGCCAAAAAAUCGAGAAGUUCGGGAGUUUUGGCUCCUCAGUAAAUUAUUACCGAUGUCUCUACGGGGACUGCAGAAUCAACAAACUCAAGACAAACUUACUCGGAUUGCUAUAGUAAGUAACGAUAAGUGUAAACCAAAGCGAUGUCAUCAACAAUGCAAGAAAUCUUGUCCUGUGGUCCGAAUGGGAAAACUGUGUAUCGAAGUAACCCCAGAGUCAAAGAUUGCUCGCAUUUCUGAGACACUCUGUAUAGGAUGUGGUAUCUGUGCCAAGAAAUGUCCAUUUGAAGCUCUUACCAUCAUUAAUCUGCCGAGCAAUCUUGAAAAGGAAACCACGCAUAGAUACAGUGCCAACUCUUUUAAACUCCACAGGUUGCCGAUUCCCCGACCAGGGGAGGUGUUAGGGCUUGUAGGGACCAAUGGAAUUGGAAAAUCUACAGCACUGAAGAUCUUGGCAGGAAAACAAAAACCAAAUCUUGGAAGAUUCAAUAACCCACCUGACUGGCAGGAGAUCCUUUUGCACUUCAGAGGAUCUGAGCUGCAGAACUACUUCACAAAGAUUUUAGAAGAUGAUUUGAAGGCUAUCAUUAAACCACAGUAUGUUGACCAAAUUCCUAAAGCGGUCAAGGGGAGUGUUCAGUCAAUUCUUGACAGAAAAAAUGAGAUGGACAACCAAGAACAUAUCUGCAGACAGCUUGAUCUAUUAACAGUACUGGAUCGUAAUGUGGAUGAACUUUCCGGAGGGGAGCUGCAACGGUUUGCUUGUGCAGUGGUUUGCAUACAAAGAGCUGAUAUUUACAUGUUUGAUGAACCUUCAAGUUACUUGGAUGUAAAGCAACGUCUGAAGUGUGCCCUGACAAUAAGAUCCCUUCUUGGUGAUGAUCGGACUUUACACCAUCAUCAACUCUCUAACCCCCUCACUGUGAUUGGAAUCAAUAUUUUUCUGGAUGGUUUUGUUCCUACUGAGAACCUGAGGUUUAGGGAUACAUCUUUGGUUUUUAAAGUGGCUGAAACAGCAGACAAGGAGGAAGAAGUAAGAAAAAUGAGGAAAUACAAAUAUCCUAAGAUGGAAAAACAGCUAAAGGAGUUCCAUUUGGGUAUUGAUGCUGGAGAAUUCACAGACUCUGAAAUCAUUGUUAUGCUGGGAGAGAAUGUGUGCCAUCAUUGUUGCCACUGUUACCUACAGUGUGCCAUCAUUGUUGCCAAUGUUGGCUACAGUGUGCCAUCACUGUUGCCAUUAUUACCUACAAUGUACCAUCAUUGUUGCCACUGUUACCUACAAUGUACCAUCACUGUUGCCACUGUUACCUACAGUGUGCCAUCAUUGUUGCCAAUGUUGGCUACAGUGUGCCAUCACUGUUGCCAUUAUUACCUACAAUGUACCAUCAUUGUUGCCACUGUUACCUACAAUAACACCGUACGUAUGCUCUUACACGAGAAGAUCCGUGACGCUUAUGUGCAUCCUCAGUUCAUCGCGGACGUCAUCAAGCCUCUACAGAUCGAGCAAAUCAUGGAUCAGGAGGUUCAAAACUUGUCUGGAGGUGAACUUCAGCGUGUCGCGCUAACGAUUUGUCUUGGAAAGCCAGCGGAUGUGUACUUGAUUGAUGAGCCUUCGGCAUACUUGGACUCUGAACAGCGUCUUGUGGCCGCCAAAGUCAUUAAACGAUUCAUCCUCCACGCCAAGAAGACUGGUUUCGUUGUGGAGCACGACUUCAUUAUGGCUACGUACCUUGCUGAUCGCGUGGUAGUGUUUGAAGGUGAACCCUCCGUCAAGACUCUUGCAAAUAGUCCUCAGACACUUCUUACGGGUAUGAACAAGUUUCUCCAGUCCUUGGAAAUCACCUUCCGGCGCGACCCGACUAACUUCCGGCCUCGAAUCAACAAGAUGAAUUCUGUAAAGGACACUGAGCAGAAAAAGACAGGCAACUAUUUUUACCUUGAGGAUUAAAGUAACCUGUUAAGGUAGCAACAGCAAGUAUACUAAUAUAAAAACGCUUCAAGUAACCGCUGAUGGAACAGAGAAGGAGCAAACUUGAAAUGGCGCAGAAGAUGGAUGGCAUACGCUCUGAAUAUUUCUUGUGAGGAGAAACUUAUUUUUACGAACGAAUCAUACAUUUUAUUGCGCUUACAGAUGAAUCAAUAUGGUUAAUAUCAUGACCCGAACUUUGACUAUGUAGUGAUAUUCUUAGCACAAAUAAAGUGUUCAUCGAAGCCAC